GUGGGACGGCGGAGCCGCCCGUGCAGCCUGCAGGCGGCAUCUCCGCGCGGGCAGCGGCAGCGUCCACAGCGUCGGAGAAGUCAGCAGGCAGGCAAGGGCUGGGCUCUGCGUAACCCCAAGGCCGCAGAGACCGCGCCGAGCGCCCAGGAUCUGAUCGCGCCCCAUUCGGCCUGGGUCCAGGGCGAUGGCGUUGGCGCUGCUGCGGGAUUGGUGCAGGUGGAUGGGCGCGAACGCUCAGCGCUGUCUGCUCGUCCUGGGCAUCCCGGAGGACUGCGCGGAGGAGGAACUCCGGGAGGCCGUGCAGGCCGCCCUGGGGUCCCUGGGCAGAUACCGAAUGCUCGGCGACGUCUUCAGAAAGGAGCUCUGGGCCAGGUGCGCCUUGAUCGAAUUCGCUAUUUAAACCGAAGUUUGAUCCCCCGAAAAAUCCCCGGCAAGGGGGAACCCUGGACCGUCAUCUUCCUGCCCCAGGCCCCUCAUGGAGAGUUACAGGAAGCACCCACCCUCCCUGUUCAGCCCCAGGGGCAAGCAGUGGCCAGCGGGGCACAGGUGGCAGGAGCCAGAGGUGAGGCAGGAGCUGCAGGUGUGGCAAUUGCAGGUGAGGCAGUAGCUGCAGGUGAGGUAGGAGCCAAAGGUGAAGCAGGAGCCAUGAAUGAGGCAGAAGUUGCAGGUGGGGCAUUUGCAGAUGUGGCAGGAGCUGCAGGUGAAGGAGGAGCUGCAGGUGAGGCAGGAGCUGCAGGUGGGGCAUUUGCAGAUGUGGCAGGAGCUGCAGGUGAAGGAGGAGCUGCAGGUGUGGCAGGAGCUGUAGGUGGGGCAUUUGCAGAUGUGGCAGGAGCUGCAGGUGAGGCAGGAGCUGCAGGUGAGGCAUUUGCAGAUGUGGCAGGAGCUGCAGGUGACUCAGGAGCUGCAGAUGUGGCAGGAGCUGCAGGUGAAGGAGGAGCUGCAGGUGAGGCAGGAGCUGCAGGUGGGGCAUUUGCAGAUGUGGCAGGAGCUGCAGGUGAAGGAGGAGCUGCAGGUGUUGCAUUUGUAGAUGUGGCAGAAGCUGCAGGUGAGGGAGGAGCUGUAGCUGAUGCAGGAGGUGCAGGUGACUCAGGAGCUGCAGGUGAGGCAGGAGCUGCACGUGUGGCAUUUGCAGAUGUGGAAGGAGCUGCAGGUGAGGGAGGAGCUGCAGGUGAGGCAGGAGCUGCAGGUGGGGCAUUUGCAGAUGUGGCAGGAGCUGCAGGUGAAGGAGGAGCUGCAGGUGUUGCAUUUGCAGAUGUGGCAGAAGCUGCAGGUGAGGGAGGAGCUGUAGCUGAUGCAGGAGGUGCAGGUGACUCAGGAGCUGCAGGUGAGGCAGGAGCUGCACGUGUGGCAUUUGCAGAUGUGGAAGGAGCUGCAGGUGAGGGAGGAGCUGCAGGUGAGGCCACAGCGGCAGGGGAGACCAGGUCCUGGGCCGAGCGCUGGAGGCAGGCCCUGUACCCUCUGCUGGAAAGCACGACCCACCAGGAGCUGAGACGCUUCUCCGGGAGGGCAGAGCCGGGCCUCGGGGAGGAGGCCUUCGAGGGCUGGCUGGAGCACGCCAGCGACGUGCUGUCCCGGUGGCGCCAGGUGUCGGAAACGGAGAGGCGGCGGCUGCUGGAGAGCUUGAGCGGGCCCGCGCUCGACCUGCUGCGCGGCCUCCUGGCGGAAAAGCCCACCCUCCCGGCGCAGGACUGCCUGGCGGCGCUGGCGCAGGUGUUCAGCUACCAGGACACGCGCAUGACGGCGCGGCUGAAGCUCCUCACCUGUGCGCAGCGGCCCCAGGAGAGCCUGUUUGCCUACGUGAUGCGCCUGGAGGGCCUGCUGCAGGCGGCCAUGGAGAAGGGGGCCGUGCACCCCGCCAUCGCCGACCAGGUGCGCGCCCGGCAGGUGCUGCUGCGCGCUCGGCCCAACGCCACGCUCCGGAGCCAGCUGCAGCGGCUGCGUCUGGAGAGGAGGCCCCCCGGCUUCGUGGGGCUGCUGCGGCUCGUGCGGGAGACCGAGGCCUGGGAAGCCGCCCUGGCCAGGGGCGAGCAGGGCCACGCGGAGCAAUGGCUCUGGGUCUCCGGGGAAGACCUGGGCACCGCCCAAGCCGCGCCUGCCAGUGGAGACGCCGCCCAGGUCGCCACGACCACUGAGGAAGAUGCAAAUGCUCCUGGCCCUGCGGGCAUGGAUCAGGCAGGGCCGGCAGAGACCCCCGUGGCCAGUGGGGGCACCGCCCGCCCCAGGUGGGCAGUGUUUCUGGGGCAGGCCCCGGGGGUUGUGGCCGUGGGCCUGAGGGCCUGGCCCAGGCAGGAGUUGGCGAGGCCGCGGAGACCCCCGGAGAGGAGUCGGGAAAGGCGGGCGGGGCUGGGGGGGGAAGGGCACCUGAAGACAUCUGCCACCCGCCUGCCUGGGUCUCCCAACAGGGGGACUCCACUCCCCACACCUUGGGGCACGCUGCCCUGGUCCUGGGUGCCCACCCGUCCCUCGGUGGGCCCCGUCGUCACCCACGUGUGCAGCAAACGCCCACCCACCCCCACCGUGUUCCGGGCAGAGCCGCUGCUGUGCUCGCCCCGGGGUGGGCGUUGUGGGCCCUGCGCCCCCUCGGCCGAGUGUCCCGUCUGGGGAGCUCGGCCCUGCUUUCUGGGGUCCGCGUGGGCCGCCGUUGCCUGUUCUUGUGGAGCUGUGUGUGUUCUUAUCCGAGCAGUUGUCCCCCGGAGACCCCGAGCCGAGUCCCAGGAGAGGCGGGAAGGAUGGCCGAGGGUCUGGCCGGCCCUCAGCCGUGAGGCGGAAGGAGGGACGGACCUGGAGCCGGGGCUGCGCGAAGCUCCGCGGGGACUGUGCUUGAAGUCCCACCCUGUCGUCAUUUUGUCCCUCUGUGAUCCCCUGCGAGUGCACAUGGCCAGUGUCCCUCGUCCCGGCAGGAGGCACGUCCUGGGGCCCUCGGGAGGGGAGAACCGGGCAGAGGGCCCUCCUCAGGGACCCCCAGGAAAAGGGGGUGGGACAGACCUGGCGACAGGUCGCUGGUGGGUGGGGCAGUGGCCCUUGGAGCCCCCCAGAAAGAAGUGGGCAGGGGUGGGAGGGCAGCUGACGGAUGGUGGGCAGCAGCCCGAGAUCCCAGGGGCACCCCUGCGCUGUGGGGCCUCGGGGUGUCCAGCCCAGGCCUGA